GUCCUGUGAGGGCGCCAAAGAUCACAACUGACUGACAUCACAGGGAGCUCAGAGAGAUCUUUUCUGAUGAGGGCUUUGGUUAUAUAAUUUCAUUCAGAUUUCUUGCUGCGUGAAUUGUCUAUACGAGGAUCCUCUUGAAUCUUUUCAAGUUCUCUGAGGAUGCCUGAGCCAAGUGGGAGAUAUCAGCAGCUGCCCAAUGAGGAGGAGCCGGAGGAGGGACCUCAGGUGGCCAGGGAUGCCCCGCCCUCUUACAGCAGUAUUGCUGCUGACAGUGCAGCGUAUUUUGAUUACAAAGACGAUGCAUCAUUUCCCAAGCCACCAUCCUACAACGUAGCCACCACACUGCCAUCAUAUGACGAGGCCGAGAGAACCAAAGCAGAAACUACUGUCCCACUGGUGUCGGGUCGAGAUGAUGACUUUGUUGCCAGAGAUGACUUUGAGGAUGCUGACCAGCUGCGGAUAGGAAAUGAUGGCAUUUUCAUGUUGACGUUUUUCAUGGCAUUCCUCUUCAACUGGAUUGGCUUCUUUCUGUCAUUCUGCCUUACAACCUCCGCAGCCGGCCGUUAUGGCGCCAUCUCUGGGUUUGGUCUGUCACUCAUCAAAUGGAUCCUCAUCGUACGGUUUUCAACUUAUUUCCCUGGUUACUUUGAUGGGCAGUACUGGCUGUGGUGGGUGUUCCUGGUGCUUGGUUUCCUGCUCUUCCUCAGAGGCUUUAUCAACUAUGCCAGGAUCCGCAAAAUGGCCGAUUCAUUUUCUACUCUCCCUCGGACCAGAGUUCUCUUCAUCUAUUGAAGUCACUUGGUGGAAAUGAAAACACAAUUAUGGGCCUCGUUGAGCCAUGGACCCAGCGGGAAAAGUAUAUUUAAGAAAAAAAAAUCCUUCCAUCUGUAAUCUACUGAAGACCACGGAAUUCCAGAGCGAUGGAAAAUCCUCUGCUUUUGAAUAAUGCUGUUUGGCUAUUGGAUGGCGAAGAUAUUCUUUCUAUGUUUCUAGAUGUAAAGUUGUGGAUGCUAACAUCUCUAUACCUGAAAUUAUUAGUGGUUUGAUGUUGAGUGCUAUUUGCAAUCAAGUCUGUGAGUUGUAUUAAAAAGCCUUUCGUAUGAGAAUUGUAGUAGUGGCAUGCACUAUUCUCCCAGCUAACCACUGGGUGGAAGUAUUGCUCAUCUUUUAUUUAAAACUGUAUUUUUUUCCUUUGGUGACGUUUGACAAGGCAACCAGUCACUGCUGGUCACUAUUCAUGAGGAGCUUUUCACUUUGUGUAUUGCAGUGCAGAAUGAAUUGAAUCUGAUAGUCAAUGCUUUUCUUCUCUUUCUUUCUCUCUGUCCCUCUCAAUGACAUGAAAUUAAAGUUAGUGUUUCCAAGUUGACACUUUUGAUGUGGUUCAAGCAUUUAAAUUGAUCAUGUAGAUUUUCAAAUGGCUUAUUGAGACCAGAAUCAAGGUAUGCUUUUUACAUGAAUAUCCAGAAGGCACGUUAAUGGCUAAUUAAACGUAUUUUUCUCCAAAAAAUGUCAAGUCUGUCAUCAUGUUUUUUCAAAUCCGUAUGACUAUUUCAUAACACAUAGAGAAUAUUAUAGACUGAUUCACAUAUGGAAAAAAGAUGCAAUGAAAGUUAAUGACGAGUGAGGUUACAGUUCUACUUUUGUGUUUUAUGGAAGAAAUGAAAGUCAUACAGGUUUGGAACAACAAUAGGAUGAGUAAAUAAUGACAGUCAUUUGAUUAAUGUGUGAGCUUUUUUUAUUUUAGUCUGCAAAUGAAGUGACUUUACUCCAUAAAAGUCUUAUUUUUAAAAGCCAAUUGUGCAGUGAAUGCAAAGCAAUGUGAAGUGAUUUUCAAACAGAGCAAACAACUUUUUGCAAUAAAGAAAGACUUUCAGUAUUCUCUCUGUUUUCCAGUUCAAGUAGUCAUACUUGAACAUAGUAUGCGGCUAACAGCACUGCACAUUUCUUCCAUCCUUUGAAUAUAGAUUUAGUCCGGAUGCCUCUCCCCCACCUUGAGCAGUGGCCACGAUAGGGGCCGUUUGAUCUCUUGCUGUCUAAUCAUGCAUGAUUUUGCUGUGGCUUGUCUGCUCUUGUCACAUUGGGUUUUAUCCACAAUGCAGGAAGUUAUUCCUUUGUACUCUUGUUUUCCAUGCAGCUUUGCAGUCACCCAGCAAAUUCCAAUGGAUGUGUGCACAUGUAUUUGCUUGUAAAUAAGAUACUGCUAUUAAAUGUCUCUAGUGUUCAAA